AUGUCUCAAAAGCGACUGGCCUCAAGCACCCGUUCAGAGACCAGUGAGAUGGAUCUCGAUGGCACAGGUACUUUUGGUGUUAAUGCUGGGCUCAGUGAUGUUACUCUGCCUGUUUUGCGGUCAAAACUUGUUUGCCAUAUUUCUGAAGCAGAAUCAGAGUUUGUCAAGCUCCAGAGACAGCUGAGGGUCAUGGAGAGAGACCGGCAGGCCUACAGCAUCCAGGCCCGGGAGCAGAUCCGCAAACAACAGCAGGAAAUUGACAAGCUGCUGAAGGAGCAGGAGGAGCUGCAUCGAAAGCUGGGAGCAUGUAAGAGAGCGUGGAGCCAGCAGCGGGACAGCGAGGCCACCCAGAGCCUGCAGCUCCUGCUGCAGCAGCUCGACCUGCAGAAGGAAGAGGUGGACAGAGAGAAGCAGAGUGGGAAAGAGAUACAGAAAGAGAUCGCCAGCAUGGAGUCCAAGCUAGCAGAACUGAGAAAAGAAGGGGUCACAACCAACAGCACAGACAAGUUUGAGGUCCGCCAGACUAAGAAGGCCAUUCGCACUUUGGAGGGCAAACUGGACAGGGAGACGACUCGUUUAAAUGAACAAAUGGCCAAAAACAAGCUUGUGAGAGAGGAGCUGCAGACACUUCAUGUUGAGCGCGAUCGCUUCCAGCAACUGAAAAACAAACUUAACAAGGAAUUACAGGAAGUCCGCAAGAAAAUUGGGGAAACUAUCAGCCUGUCAACCGCUGCUUAUGAUGCAAGGGUGGAGGCUCAGUCCAAGAUGACCAUGAUGAGGGAGAAGGCCGCCAAGGAACUGGCCCAGUACAACGCCGAGAUGAAGGAACUGGAAAGGGUUUUAGUGCAUGAGUACAACCUGAAAGAGUUCAUGACCACCAAGUGCAGCGAGAGGAGCGGGAACGACAACGAUGCUGAGAUGGGAGCCGCACAGAUGUCGGAGCUGAAGGAGCAGAGGAGGACGGAUUCUGGGGAGGAGUCUCUGGAUGUUUUGGAGGAGGCGUUCCAGAGAAUCCAGGCUGUGACGGGCGAGGACAACCUGGACCUGCUGGUCAGCAGGUUCAUCCAGGGUGAGGACCGGAACUCUGCGCUCCUCAAGUUUGUCAAUGAGCAGAAUAAUGAGGCCGAGGCACUGAGAGGUCAAAUUAACCAGAUCGAAGCGGAGAUUAAGCAGAUUCAAGUCAGAGGCUUGCAACAGGAACAAGAUCAUCGCGCUAAGCUGAGAGCCAUUGAUCAGCAGCGAAAGGAAACGGAGGCUCAAACUGAGGAUUACGAAAACCAGGCCGGCGUCAUCAGCAAUGUGCUGGACGAGAUCAAAACAGGAGUGAACAGCAUCUUGUCCGUCCUGCAGUGCGACCGCUCGGCGAUCGAGGACAUGUUGGGGUCCUCUACUGAAAACAACAUCAUGUCUUAUCUGGGCCUCGUGGAGCAAAAGACUGACGAGCUGCUUACCGUACAAGCUUUCCUCAGUUCCAAAGAUCUGGAAAAGAACUACAACCCGAUAGACCUGCCCAAGUUCCUGUUGGGUCAAAACCCAGACGUCCUGCAACAGAAGAUCAGUACCCAGCCUGCAGCCAACAGUGUGGAGUACGACGCAGAAGACUCUCCCAUCACCGAUGAGGACGAGCGGCCACUCUCACAAGGGGAACUCCGCAAAAAAAUCCUGAAGGGGGUUCUGCUGAAAGGCGGCUCGGCACAGCACUCAACUAAAGCCUCAAAGACCAUCCAGCAGCACAUCCUGGAAGACGCGCUGAUCUGA